AUGGAUUCCGUUCCGGUGACGUGCGCCGGCGGCGACGAUCUCGCCUCCUCCGGCGCCACUUCCGCUAUGUACCUCGGCCGCACCUUCCAGCCGCCGCUCGCCGAGGUCAUCCCUCAAGCCUCCCUCCGCGCCUAUCCCUCCUCCUCCAAUGCCGCCUCGUCCUCUCCGCACUUCCUCGUCUUCUGCAAGGGCAUGGCAAGCGACGAGGUGGUGGGGCCGGGGCCGGGGCCGAGCGGCGCCGUCGUCGCGGUGCUGGCGGCGGUCGUGUGCGGGCCGCAGGGGGGUGUUCUGCUGACGGUGUGCAAGCCCGUGGUGGGGUUUGUGGGCGGCCGCGACGGCGAGGUGCUGCUGGAGGCGACGGCGCUGGUGGAGGGCCUGCACGCCGCGCGUGGGCUGGGCAUCCGCAGCGUCAAGGCCAUCACCGAUCACAAGAUGCUGCACGACCUUCAAAGCCAAGUGAGCUGUGUGGUGAAACUAGCAAGAGAUCCUCUAGGUGACGAGAUUGCCAAAUCUCGUGCGGUCACUGAUAACAACAAGGCGAAGACACUGGCGUCAGCUGCUGAAGAAAAUGGUAGUAAGGAGAGAAGGGAGACCUGCAGCAUCUGCUGGGAAGACACUGGAGUUUCUAAAAUCCAUGUGGUUGAAGGCUGUGGUCAUCGCUUUUGCUUCACGUGCAUGAAGGAGCACGUGAGAGUGAAGUUACUCUACGGAAUUCUCCCAGCUUGUCCAAGGAUCGGCUGCACUAACAAGCUAACCGUGGAGGGUUCAAAGGCAGUCGUACCGCCACCGCUGGAUCCUGCUCAUCAAAGUGCAACCAUGGUGGCACCUGCAAAGACAAGGAUGUGUGUGAGAUGCGGAGGCUCCCUGUGCAUCCGCUGUAAGGUGCCAUGGCAUGAGAGGAGGAGCUGCCGCGAGUACCAACGGCGCUAUCCCCACGGUGGCCGGGAAGAUGCAAGGUUUCAGAAGCUCGCGAAGCAGCGGCUGUGGCGGCAAUGUGAGAGGUGCAAGCACAUGAUCGAACUCUCAACGGGCUGCCCCCACGUGAUCUGCAAGUAA